AAGCAGGAAGUGAAGGUCAGAGAAAGCAUGGCGACGCGCAGUGUCUUGCAGUCCGUAAGGACAGCACUGAGCUCUUUUCAAAGCGAUUUUAUCCAAAGGGGUCUUUUUCAAAGGAUAGCAGUUUGGGGAAAUGCGCAAACACGUGGACUCAGACACGUGGUGGAGCAGAAGGAGGGCAAAACGACAGUUAUAGAAGGUGUUAUAGAGCCUACAUCUGAGGUACCAAAGCCCCCCAAUCCCAGUGCUAAAUGUCCUAUUUAUAGAUGGAACCUUCAAAACAAGUACAACUAUACAGAUGUGCUGCUGCUCAGCCAGUUCAUUCGUUCAGAUGGUGGGAUGCUGCCGAGGCGAAUUACGGGUCUUUGUGCUCAUGAACACACCAAGGUUGCAAUAUGUGUGCAGAUGGCCCAUCGUGCAGGUCUUCUACCAGAUCAUAGACCACGCUUGCCCGAAGGCCACGUUCCAAAACCCAAGCCCAACCCCCCUCUUAACCGUUAUCUGACACGUUACUCUGUGAAGUCUGUAAACCCUAUCUACAAAAAAGGGCUGAAGUGGUGCAAGAAAAGAAUGCCUGUAGGACAUCCUGCUUUAAAAAACAACAUUAGAUACGGUCCGAAGCCACUUUACAUAAAGCAUUAAUGAAUAGAACUGUUUAUUCAAUCAAAACCCUGACACAUGCUUCAUGGAAGGGACAGAGAGGAUUUAUGGCACAAGAUCUGAACUCUUAUUGUUGCUAAUGGUUACAUGAAUGAUAAUAGAUCCAGAGUUGAUGAAGAUGUACAUUCCUGUAAUGUCCUAAGAUGAACUCUAGGUCUAUAUGUGGAGCCCUCCGAUUGUGGUUACAGCGUGAUUUUGGAGAAAGCUGACAUUUAUAUUAUUGUAAAGAUGAAUGUCUAAAUAAAAUAGCUGUGUUUACUUCAUCA